ACUUGUGAAUUUAGUAGUUUCCACUUUCUGUUCAAUAUUUUUACAAAUAAUUAGACUUUUUACAAUGGAAUUGGGUGAUUUACCUUACGAUUGUUUAUCGUGUAUAUUUGAUUGUAUUCCUGAUCUUAAAUCGCUUUUGGAUCUGUCAACAGUUUGUAAGGAAUGGAAUAUUCUGGCGAAACAAAGACUGAACAAAAUUCGACAUUUACAUGUUGAGCGCGAUAUCGAAUCUGACCUUGCAGCAUCUCCCAAUCACCUUUACACGAACGAUGUUGGAUUGAUGGAGAGAGUAAAUGUCUCGAAAAUGUUUCCAAAUCUCAAGUUUUUCACGAAAGAGUAUACGCUGGAAGACAUUUGUACCUGUAAAAUGUUGGUCAAUGUUUUGUCAACAUCGAAACCUUUGACUGGACUCAUUUGUGAAGCUCCAUGUCUUGCCGCUGGUCCUAUGACGAUAGACUUUUGCUGUCACAUCGAUAUCGACGAUAUUGUUAAACACUGUGGUAGCCUCGAGUAUCUGGAUUCCAUGUAUCGACCUUUUCUUGGCAGUUAUUUCUUGAAAUUUAAAUUUGGUCAGAAUGUGAAAUACUUCGAAGGUUCAAUUGAAGGAUACGACGACGAUGAGGAAGAUAAAGAUUAUGAUUUCAUGUUCAAACAAAUAUAUUUGCUAUGUUAUUACUUGAAACAAAUGCCAAAUCUUGAAGUUCUGCAUCUGAAAGAACCACCAAUUGAGCCUCGUCUUUGGCCUUUACCGAAAAACAUGAAACUGAAGCAGAUCGAUUUUGACAACAUUACGAUAAAAACAUUGGCCUUCCAGUUCUUAUCUCGUUUUCCCAACUUGCGAAGUGUUUCUUUCAGCAUUCGACCAGUUAGAGAUGAAGAUGAAAUUUUCGAAGUUUCCAAUACUUAUCCGAAUAUCCAAGACUGUGCGUUUUACAUUGAAGGAAUAAAUCAAAACUUGCCUGUCGGGUCGUUUAAGCUGAUUAAAAGUCUUAUGGUCAAGUUUCCUAAUUGUACAAACCUGUGCAUUCAUCUCCUGAGAAAUACUGCAAUAACUGAUGAGGAUUUGACCGAAAUAAUCAAAAUGUUGCCCAAUUUAACUCUAUUAGUCUUGAAUAUAAAGAAUUGGGGUGAUGCAAAUAUUACUAUUGAGACAAUCGAUAAGUUUUGUCAAUCAAUAGGUCGUCGAAUAUCCUUUUACUUGCUUCGCGAUGAUCGAAGGUGGAAUCGCACGGCCUGGACGGGAUCAUUUACACGAUAUACAUUGAACGAAGAUGUUACGAAUCAUUUGAAGACCGACAACAAAUUCAUCCGGAGCUUUUUUCGUUGUUAAUGAAAAGUAUUGAAUUUCUUUUCAAUCUUUAAAUUGUUCAAUAUUCGGUUUUUCUUAUUACAUGAAACGAACAAUGAAAAUUCUGCACUUUAGUUUUUAAACUUUAAAGUGUCUGUUCACUAGUAUAUUGAACCAAUUAAUUCUAUUUAUCAUUCAGUAUCAAGGCUCACCCGUCGAAUCAUUAAAUCUAAUUAAAAGUAUUAUGGUCAAGUUUUCUAAUUGUAAAAACCUUUCCAUUGAUAUCCUACGAAGGGUUUUCACGAUAACUAAUGAAGAUCUUAUCGAGAUAAUCAAAGUUCUGCCAAAUCUAUUUGUCUUGACUGUAGAGAAUUGGGAAGAUGCAAAUAUCAUUGGUACACUCGAUAAAUUCUGUACAUCAGCAGGUCGAAGAAUAAAUUUUAUCUUGCGUAACGAUGGCCAAAUAUUCGGCGCUCGCUCAUAUACACGAUACAUAUUGAACGAAGAUGUUGCGAGUCCUUUAAAGAUCGAUUAUGAAUUCUUACAAAAGUGGCGCGUUUAUUGAAAUUCAUAUUACAGUAGACUACACACUUAUCGCAAGAUCAGUGUGCUAUGUAGACUAAGAGCUCAAUGUUAAGUUAACAUUGUUAACCCUUUACUCAUUUCUAAUUAUCACACCAAAUGUAAGGGUUCAACAUGCCUAAAUAACUAAGAAACACUACAUGG